AUGAAGGACCGGCUGGAGCAGCUCAAGGCGAAGCAGGACGCGGACGAUGACACCGAGGAGCUGGAGAUCGCCGUCGAUAACACGGCGUUCAUGGAUGAGUUCUUCUCGGAGAUCGAGGAGACCCGGCAAAACAUCGACAAGAUCUCGGAGAACGUGGAGGAGGCCAAGAAGCUCUACAGCAUCAUCCUCUCAGCCCCCAUCCCUGAGCAGAAGACCAAAGAUGACCUGGAGCAGCUGACGGCGGAGAUCAAGAAAAUGGCCAACAGCGUCCGCAACAAGCUGAAGAGCAUGGAGAGGAACAUCGAGCAGGAUGAGGCACGGUCCUCCGCUGACCUCCGGAUACGUAAGUCCCAGCACUCCGUCCUGUCCCGCAAGUUCGUUGACGUCAUGACCAAGUACAACGAGGCGCAGGUCGACUUCCGGGAGCGCAGCAAGGGCCGGAUCCAGCGCCAGCUCGAGAUCACCGGCAAGAACACGACGGAUGAGGAGCUGGAGGAGAUGCUGGAGAGCGGGAACCCCUCCAUCUUCACCUCGGGGAUCAUGGACUCGCAGAUCUCGAAGCAGGCGCUGAGCGAGAUCGAGGGGCGGCACAAGGACAUCGUGCGGCUGGAGAGCAGCAUCAAGGAGCUCCACGACAUGUUCGUCGACAUUGCCAUGCUGGUGGAGAACCAGGGAGCCAUGAUCGACCGCAUAGAGAACAACAUGGACCAGUCCGUCGGCUUCGUGGAGCGGGCCGUGGCCGACACCAAAAAGGCCGUGAAGUAUCAAAGUGAGGCCAGGAGGAAGAAGAUCAUGAUCAUGAUAUGCUGCAUCAUCCUCGCCAUCAUCUUGGCUGCCAGCAUUGGGAGCAUCUUCGCCUGA